UUCUUGCAUAAUAAGAAAAGAGAAUGAUGAAACAUAACGGGGUUUGAAUCACCAUCAUUUGUGCUCUGGUGGUGUAAAGACUGAAUUAACAUCAAGUCUGAUAAGAUGAAUGAAAGCGGUAUUGAGGGGCGUGAAACAGCGUCACUAGAACUCAAUCAGGAAGAAAUGUCUGAAGUAAAAGUUUUAGAUUAUCGUGCAAUGAUAGUUGAUACUAUUGCUGGAGCCAAUGCUGGGACAGCCUGUGUCUUUGCUGGUCAACCUUUUGAUACAGUAAAGGUUAAGAUGCAAGUGUUUCCUAAUCUUUAUAAAAAUGCGUUUGAAUGCUUUAAACGAACAUUAAAGGAAGAAAGGUUUCGUGGUCUAUAUGCAGGGACUGGACCAGCACUUGUCACUCAGAUAGCUGAGAAUUCCAUCCUUUUUCUUUGUUAUGGUCGAUGUCAAACAAUUAUUCAAAGUAUUUUUCAAGUUCCACAUGUUGAUGACCUUAGUGUAUUUCAAAAUGCAUGUGCCGGUAGUGUUGCUGCUUUUAUUACAUCAUUUGCAUUGUGUCCAACUGAAUUGAUCAAAUGUAAAUUACAAGCUCAACAUCAAAUGAGGCAGAGGGGUGGUGAUAAUGGCAAGAAACCUCUAGGUGGUCUUGCACUAACAGCCCAAAUCAUUAGAAAUGAAGGACCCCUGGGCUUAUAUCGUGGUUUUGUGAGUACGUGUACGCGAGAAGUGGGCGGAUAUUUCUUCUUUUUUGGUGGUUAUCAAUUAAGCAAACGUCUUCUAACACCGGAGGGAAAAACAGUUGAUGACUUAGGUCCUCUAGAAGUUGCUAUAUCAGGAGGAAUCGCAGGAGCAUGUUUCUGGGCGUCUGUUUUUCCUACAGACGUCGUAAAAUCUAGAGUUCAGACUGGUAGCAAUGACAGUGGUUAUCCAAAAGGAUUUUUGAGUCUAACCUACUCUAUUUUUAAAAAGGAAGGUAUUCGAGCAUUAUAUAAAGGUCUUGGCCCGGCUAUUGUACGAUGUUUCCCAGCGAAUGCAGCUUUAUUCUUAGCAUAUGAAGGAACAGAACGGUUACUAAAGCCAAACAAAUCUGCGUGAAGAUUAUUAAUUGCUUGCGAUUAAUUCCUAUAACUGAAAUAUAUAGUCAUCAAUUAUACUAAUAGAAAAUAUUACUAAUUUAACAAAUACUACUUUUCCAAGAAUGUAUUUAGAGUGCUUUUAAAUCGUGAAAAUUUAAAUAUACAGUAUAUUCUGGACUAUAGGUUGUACAGAAAAGGUAACCUUUAACUUUAGCGCGAUAUUCCACGCGUGAUUGGAAUAAUUUGAUCAAUUAAGAUAUAGAUAUAGGCUUUUUUCAAUUUUUCUGUUGAAUGCCUGUUUUUGUUUUUUUUCAUAUACUGAUAUGAAGAAAAUUUGAGCUAUUUAAUACGAGUUUGUUGAAAAAUGUAUAUUGGCAAAGUAAUUUACGCACAAGAGCGCGCAAGGCCUGGUUACCAGCUUUAGGUACUGCAUGUAGACGUGCCAUAAUGUCUUAGCUUUAUAAAUGGUAUGCUUACUUUACUGACUGGGCGAACCAGAAAUGCAAUAAAAUCUCCGAAAAUUACCCUAAACAAGAUCCCUAUCCGGACUAUCCUAACGCAUGUUUUUCACUAGGAACAUGCCAUAAAUUGUUCUAUGUAAUAUAGAUAUGCUGCAUGCAUGUAUCUGACCGCAUGCAGAAUACGAAUUUCUGAGAUUGUUAAAUGUCAGAUAAUAGUCUCGCGUUCUUAUUUCCGCUUGCAAUAUUACGAUAUUAAAUCUGCAUUUGCUUACGAUAUUAAAUCUGCAUCAAGGUUUACAAUUCCGUAACUUUUCCGCUAAAGUAUAUUUAGG